GGCGGGGGCGCAGGUGGGGCGCUCCUCCCCGCUUCCCUGAGCCCCCAGCAAGCCCGGCCCAGGGGACCCCGGGCCCCGCUCCGGGUCGGGGCGACGGGAGCGUUACCAUCUUGGCGGUCGGGACAGCGCCUCGCGCCGCCUGGGAAGGCCGCCCGCCGGCUCGUGGGUCCGGACGGCAGCCGCGUGGGCGCGGGUAGUGGCGGGGGCAGGGGCGGGGUGGGGUGUUCUAGGUCCCCGUGGGAGGGAGCUGGGGUGCAGUGUAGUGAACACAGGCGCCAGCUCCGGGCUGCGGCUGUGUGAGGGGACCAAUACCGCGCAUCUGCGGGCCCCGCGGUUGAUAAAGGCAUCCGAGUGACGCGAACGGCAUAGACCUGCACCGCGUUGCCGUCCGGGAUAGUCAGAAGCCCCGCUGGCCGCCGGAGACGUGCCUGCGCUAAUCCGGGGCUCCGGGGCCGCGCGGCGCGAGCCCUGAGGCUCCGUCAGCACGUGAUGCCCGACCCUGGGACCUCCGGGGCGGUGGGGUGAGCCGGGCCGGCCGGGCGGAGGGCCUGACGCGGCCCCGGCCCGUGUUGCAGUAUGAGAUGUACACCAUCGAGCGGAACGCGGAGCGGACGGCCACCGCCGGGAGGCUGCUCUACGACAUAUCAGCCCGUGGUGUGGAGAGAAAUCAGCAUUAUUACAUCAGCAUUAAGAAACGAUUCACAGGAUAAACAAACCCAAUUUUUAAGAAGUUUAUUUGAAACUCUUCCUGGUCGGGUCCAGUGUGAAAUGUUACUAAAGGUUACGGAACAAUGCUUCAACACUUUGGAACGAUCAGAAAUGUUGCUUCUACUUUUGAGACGAUUCCCUGAAACGGUGGUACAGCAUGGGGUUGGCCUUGGGGAGGCACUGUUGGAGGCUGAAACUAUUGAAGAGCAAGAAUCUCCUGUUAACUGCUUUAGAAAAUUAUUUGUGUGUGAUGUCCUUCCUCUAAUAAUUAACAACCAUGAUGUUCGGUUGCCCGCCAAUUUGUUGUAUAAGUACUUGAACAAAGCAGCUGAAUUUUAUAUCAAUUAUGUCACUAGGUCUACUCAAAUAGAGAGUCAGCAUCAAGGUACCCAGGAAACGUCUGAUUUAAUGUCACCGAGCAAACGUAGCUCUCAGAAGUACAUAAUAGAGGGGCUGACUGAAAAAUCAUCCCAGAUCGUGGACCCUUGGGAGAGGUUGUUUAAGAUUUUGAAUGUUGUUGGAAUGAGAUGUGACUGGCAGAUGGAUAAAGGAAGACGAAGCUAUGGUGAUAUUUUGCAUAGAAUGAAGGAUCUCUGCAGAUACAUGAACAACUUUGAUAACGAAGCUCAUGCAAAAUAUAAAAACCAAGUGGUUUAUUCCACUAUGUUGGUCUUCUUUAAGAAUGCAUUUCAGUAUGUCAACAGCAUACAGCCGUCUCUAUUCCAAGGUCCUAAUGCCCCUAGCCAAGUUCCACUGGUUCUUCUGGAGGACAUAUCAAAUGUAUACGGUGAUGUAGAGAUCGAUCGCAAUAAACACAUACAUAAAAAGAGGAAACUAGCUGAGGGAAGAGAAAAAACCAUGAGUACAAGCUCCACGGGGCCAGUGGCAGUGUCUGGGCAUCCAUCUGAACGGUGCCUGCGCCCCAGCAGGCCUUCGAGUUCAGACGAUGAAGACUGUUCAGCAAAAGGAAGGAAUCGUCACAUUGUUGUCAAUAAGGCAGAACUUGCUAACUCCAUCGAGGUGUUGGAAAGCUUUAAGCUGGCCAGAGAGAGCUGGGAGCUGCUCUAUUCCCUGGAAUUCCUUGACAAGGAAUUUACAAGAAUUUGUUUGGCGUGGAAGACGGAUACUUGGCUUUGGUUGAGAAUCUUCCUCAACGAUGUGAUCAUCUAUCAGGGUCAAUAUAAAAAGGCCAUAGCCAGCCUGCACCACUUGGCCGCUCUCCAGGGACCGCUUCCUCAGCCACAGAUCUCGGGACAGGGGACCUUGGAGCAUCAGAGGGCGCUCAUCCAGCUGGCGACCUGCCACUUUGCCUUGGGGGAGUACAGAAUGACGUGUGAGAAAGUCCUUGAUUUGAUGUGCUACAUGGUCCUCCCCAUCCAGGAUGGAGGCAAGUCACAGGAAGAACCCUCAAAAAUAAAGCCCAAGUUUAGAAAAGGUUCAGAUCUGAAGCUGCUGCCUUGUACCAGCAAGGCUAUCAUGCCCUAUUGCCUGCAUUUAAUGUUAGCUUGUUUUAAGCUGAGAGCCUUCACAGACAGCAGAGACGACCUGGCGCUGGGGCAUGUGAUCGUGCUGCUUCAGCAGGAGUGGCCGCGGGGAGAGACCCUUUUCUUGAAAGCCGUCAAUAAGAUUUGCCAGCAAGGAAACUUCCAAUAUGAGAAUUUUUUCAAUUAUGUUACAAAUAUCGACAUGCUGGAGGAGUUCGCCUACCUGAGAACUCAGGAAGGUGGGAAGAUCCAUCUGGAACUCCUGCCCAAUCAAGGGAUGCUGAUCAAGCCUUCUAGCCCUCCCAUGGGGUUACUGCAGCAGGAAUUCUUACCUGUGCUUCAGCCCAGCAUACAGACUGCUGACAGGCACCACACGGUCACCCGGGGCAUCACCAAGGGCGUGAAGGAGGACUUCCGCCUGGCCAUGGAGCGCCAGGUGUCCCGCUGUGGGGAGAACUUGACGCUGGUGCUGCACAGGUUCUGCGUCAACGAGAAGAUCUUGCUGCUCCAGACUCUGGCCUGACCGGCCCUCCCGCCAGAGGCAGCCCACAGCCGCGGGGCUCUGGGGAGACAUAAAGCGCAGAUGAGCGUUGCCGUCAUCGCUCUUCAAAAGAGGAAGACCAUCGGGGUUUUAACUCAUUGGUUGCUUAGAAGUAGUUCCCAACAGUCCAAGAAGCUAUUUCUAUUUUUGUCGUAUUUUGUAAUUUUUGUAAAACAAAAGAACCUGUUUUGUAAAUAAAAUCAUCCUAAAUUUG